AGUUCCAAUAAUCCAAAUAAAUUAUUAAUUUAAAAUUAGAACGUUGUUUAGAAAAGAACAAAUCCAAUUGAAAUUAAUAGUGUUUGAAAAGUGCAAAACAGAGUGUGAAUCUACGUUAUAUAUAUUUGGCAAAACUCAAUAACAACAAAAAAUGAUAAAAGGCAACCGAAUUGAAUUCUAUAACAAUAAAAUCAACAUUCAAAAAGUGAUUGAAGAGCAAGGCUUGCAAGACACCGAUGAGGCAUUGUUUGUGUGCGAUCUAAAUGAUCUUCGCAGGAAAUAUGAGAUAUGGAAUCAGCUGAUGCCACGAGUUAAGCCCUAUUAUGCUGUAAAGUGUAAUGAUGAUCCGGUGGUUCUCAAAACCUUAGCUGAUUUGGGUGCCAAUUUCGAUUGUGCCUCAAUGGGUGAAAUAAAAUUGGUUCUGGCUGAGAAUGUUGAGCCCGAACGCAUUAUAUUUGCCCAGCCGUGUAAGCCAUUGACACAUGUGGCCUAUGCCAAGGCGAAGGGUGUUAUGACCUCUAUCGUUGAUUCAGAAUAUGAAAUACUGAAGUUACAUCAGCAUUUUCCGGAAUCCAAUUUGGUAAUACGCAUUCGUUGCGAUGCCACCGAUGUCAAAUUGUCUUUUGGUGAAAAAUUUGGUUGCAAUGUCAAGACAGAGGCUCCGGCUUUAAUGUUACUAGCCAAAGAAUUGAAUUUAAAGGUAAUUGGUAUUAGUUUCCAUGUGGGUACCGGUUGCAAUGAGCUGCCAGCAUAUGAUCGGGCAAUCACUGAAUCGAAAAUUCUUUUUGAUUUUGGUACGAAACUCGGAUUCAAUAUGAGCCUCUUGGAUAUUGGUGGGGGAUUUCCGGGCAGUGAUAAUGUGACGUUCAAAAAGAUCUCUGAUAUUGUGUGCCGUUCUCUGGAACGCAAUUUCCCAGAGGACAAUGUGAACAUCAUUGCGGAGCCUGGAAGAUAUUUUGUGGAGUCGGCUUACACUUUGAUUUGUAAGGUGCAUUCGAAGCGGGAGGCGAAAUCUUGCGAUGGUGGCAUAAUCAAGCAUUAUUAUUUGAAUGAUGGGGUCUAUGUGUCAUUCAACAAUGUCGUGACGGAAAAUUAUAAAGUUGUCGUCGAACAUUUGUUGGAUAACAAAAAUAUUACGCCAACGUUUAAUUCAAUUUUGUGGGGUCCAACUGGAGACUCUUUGGAUAAGGUUGGAGAAAAUCUCGAUUUGCCCGAUUUGAAGUGUGGAGAUUUCUUGAUUUUCCCCAAUAUGGGUGCCUAUAGCUUACCGCUGUCGACACGUUUCAAUGGGUUUGGAUCGCCAAAUAUUAUAUAUUUUGAUAGAACCAUCUUAACGGAGGAUAAUGUCGAGGAGAAAUUUAGAAGCAUGCGCAUUACUUCAUAUCCGGGCGUUUAAAUCAAUACAAAAACAUUAUAAUGGACAUUUUCAAAGCAAUAAUAAAACCUUAGAA